AACCGGUCGAUUAUUUACGCUUUUCGCAAAGCGACAAAAAAUAUCUCAAAGUUACUAAAAAUACUUAGAAUUCUUUGCGCAAAUUACAAUAUGAGUGAUAUAUUGGACGAUGAUUUAGAACUACGUGUUGGUACGUUACAGCUAACUUCAGAUAAUGCUAAUGCGGAUAAUCGACGUGAUAAUGCGUCAGAUGCUAAAAGUUCCAAUAAAAAUAAAAAUCAAUUGAACGCGAAUCCUUCUGUUCUGUCGGGUGCUGAUUCACUUUCAUCAUCCACGUCUUCGUUUGCAGGUAGAGAUGCUAGAGCAGAAGGAAUAUCAAAUCCAGAGCCAAGAAAUGCAUCAGAACCAGAAAGGACUGUGUACCCGCGUUACGAUGUUCCAUUCAACAGAGAAAAUAUAAAGGACUUCUUUACAUUCCGUAAAGGUGUUGUGGAGAAUGCUAUACAAGAGUGCAUCACAGCUUUGCUGUUUCCUGAAGAUGGGGAAUACCUAGGAUCCUGGUUACUUACUGAAAUAACAUUAUGGGAUAAUGAGAAAGAAAGAAUUGUUCUCCUUACAUCGAGGCUGGUUAUGACAAUCAAAUAUGAUUUUAUUGCAAUGAAGCAGUUAGAUUUUAAAAAGACUUACUUAGAUGAUUUGGACACCAUUGUAAUAGGCGAGUUGGUUUAUCCACCUUCCUCUUUAGUACCUCGCUUAAAUGGCAUCGCAACAGGUGUGACAACAGUUGUCAAAGACUGUGUCAUAGACCGCCUCUGCAGACGACCAACAGGCAACGAGGAGGCAAAACUGUUCGAUCCCAAGUAUUUUGAACCUAGGGAACGAAAUCUUCGUGGCGUAAGACUAAUGUGGAACAAGGGUGAGCCCCUGUCUCUUAAAACUGCGUGGAAUCCUUUCAGUCAAGAUGUACCAUUUCUGACGUUCGCUUCACAUCCAAUAUUUUGGCAUAAAGACACUGAGGGGGUGAAAGAUUCACUUUUUUCAUCGGAGCAAGAGAGAGAUGGCACUCUAGAAGAAAGAUCUAUGUACGAUAUGGAGACGUUUGCUCAAAAGUUGCAACGGGCCAUAGAGUCAAUGCCAUCAUCUGCCUGCUGUAUACAUCACUCUCCGAUUGUAAUCCAGAGUUAUUUAGGUGUAACCUCGCUUCUACACAACAAGAUAAGUCUAGGAUUCUUCAAAGUAAGGGGAAAAUUUAGUUUUUAAUUCUUAAAUAUGGCUUAUUUGUGAAAUUGUUGCUAGUUUUUGUUUAAUGGUGCAAUUUCAUGUUAAAAUUAUAAUAUCCGGUGACUUCGAUAAGCCGAAUAUAUAAAUAUAUGAUACGGUUUUGAUAACAUGUUGCUAUGUGAAUGUUUUGCCAGUGCAAACUCAUAUAAUUA